GACGGAUGAGUAUCUGGAUGAGGAUAAAGAGUUCUAUAUUGUUGUACGAGGUGGAAUAUACAGGGUGGAUCUAAACCAGUGGAAAUGUAACUCUAUAUACUGGCCUAGUACAGGAUUAGAGAUAAUGAGAGGGACCUGGUUCCAUGACCAAUCUUGGCAACCAGUUGAUUGUGAACAUGCUGAUAGGAUAGAAGCCGAACACAUAAAGAAGUUUAUGGGUCACAAAAUGGCUGAUUAUGUUUGGGAUGUGAGGACAUCAACUAGACGAGAAGUUCAGGUUCAUCAUGUUAUGCAGUUUCCAGGGGAAUACAGGGUGGAAUGGAUGUCUCCCGAAGAAACCUAUAUGCACCUAGAGUCAACAGGAUCGAAAAUCUAUAGAGGUCUAGUUGAGUCUGUAGGAAUAAAGAAGUCUGCAGGUUACCGCAUUUUCAGGGGGUACAAGGAACCGUGUAAUGCCGCUGAACGUUUACCUGAUGUAUCGCAUAUCGUCUUUGUUGUUCAUGGAGUGGGCGGUAUUAUGGACGAAUCAACAAUCGGCAGAAAUGCUACAAUGCUCAGGGAAAACAUAUCACAUAUUCUAAACAAAUGUUACCCAAAAUAUCAGGAACAAUCUGGUCAGAGGGUUGAACUCUUCCCAGUAGAAUGGAGAAAUAAUCUCAGAUUGGAUAUGGGACUUGUAGAUGCCAUUACCCCACAAAGAAUAAUGGGGCUAAGAAGUUUACUCAAUUCUACAGCAAUGGACAUAAUGUAUUAUACUAGCCCGUUAUUUAGAAUGGAAAUUUGGAGUGCGUUGCAGCGCGAACUGAACAGACUAUAUGAAAUGUUUGUUGCCCGUCAUCCUAAUUUUGAAUCGAAUGGAGGGAAAGUCUCAAUUGUCUCACACUCUCUUGGCUGUGUUAUUACUUAUGAUAUUUUAUCAGGUUGGACUCAAGAUGUUGAGCAUGCCUGGUAUUCUGUCCAGGUUGGGUCUCCGGCUCAGGGAGGAAUUCCAGGUCGUCCCAGGGGUUGGAAACCAACUGAAUAUCCAACUGGAGCUGAAUCUGGUCUUUUAUUUAGAAUAGAGAAUUUCUUUUGCCUGGGAUCUCCCCUGCCUGUAUUUCUAAGUCUACGGUGGCGGGAUCCAACUAAUACUGACUUUCAUCAACAUAUCUUACCAAGAGAUUUAGUAAAAUAUUUAUACAACAUCUACCAUCCCUGUGAUCCUGUGGCUUAUAGGAUAGAACCAAUAUUUAUGAAGAUAUAUUCCAAUAUAGAACCUCUACACAUCUACCCUUACUCACAGGUUGACAAGAUACCGUACUGUCAGCUCCCUCUUCAUCCUGUUAAACGGGAUCCACCCCAACAAGAAGGUCAAACUGUUCUACCUGUCAAUAUCGCCAACGGGUCCAUCAACUUCGACAUGCGUCAAAUGGCAAGCGGAGUAACCUCCGGUCUCAACAAUCAGUCCAACCCCCAACCCGAGAAUCCUCAGCACAGUUGGUGGAAUAUUGUUAGAGACGCCGCCGCUGCCGUCACUCCUUCUGGUCAAGCGCCGUCAGGCUUCGGUGAACAUAUGAACGGUCACGGCCCUACCAACGGCCAAGCCUUGAACUAUGACAUGAAGCUACCGGAUGGGAAACGGUUAGCGUAUAGAAUGGAUUAUGUUGUGAAGGAAUCCGGCAAUUCCUAUAUUGCCGCGGUGACGUCACAUACCGCCUACUGGUGUAACAAGGAUAUUGCCUUCCUUAUCCUUACUAAACUAUUCCCAGAACUGGAGUAUAUUCCUAUUCCUCCAAAUCUUCCUCCGUAAUCGGAUAAUUAAUUCAGAUACUUUGCAAAAAGUCGUCUUAUAUAUUUCCAUAUUUUUUUUUAAUGCCACAAAUUUCAGCUACAGAUAACAUAGAUAGGAUAUCAGAGGUUGUUGGAGCAGUAGCUCUAGUAUAUUUUAGAAAAAGGUAGUUGAACUACUAGUAAUUAGAUGAACUCCAAUUUUUUGGGCCAUCAGGGUUAACUUAAACUUUCAGGAGAUCAGGUUCAAUAAUACAUGUUCAGCUACAUAUCGCUAUUUAUUAGAAUGUUAGAAAGGUUAAAAAGAGUUUAAAUAUUUCAGUAAGUUGUAUUGCUUAUUGCUUAUUGCAGCUGUAAAUUUACUCUUUUCUUGGCUACAUUGAUACAUUUGUACCCCUUCUGGCAUUUAGAAACUUAUGUUAUAAUUCACGUGACUUUCAGUUUAAAGAGAGGCAUAUCCGAUUAACAACUAGGAAGAUGUCGUCGUUUUUCUAGCUGAAAAGUGUUUAAUUCUUACAGUUACUCCAUUGUUUCAAAAUUAGCAAUGCGCAAGUCACUUUAAGAAAAAACACAACUGAAAAUGAUCAAGUUUUAAAAAAGAAAAUGAAGUAUAUCUCAUAUAUUCAGACAACUAGAAAUGAAUCGGCACUAUUUAAAUCAAGGGUUGAUAGAAAUUAUGUCUACAGUCACAGAAGUAUCAGGAAAAGUGUCAUCCUUUCAAUUUUUAAUCUUGGAUA